ACCAAACUGGGAGCUAUAGGUUAUAGAUCAAACCAAAACAAAGGUAAAUAUAAACAAACCCAACUAACAGAAAAAAACAAAUUUUCGGCAAGAUGGAUGAUCUGAAAGGCACGCCCGAGAGUGAUUUCAGCAUAGAAUGCUUUCAAAAUUACACGGCACCAGAGGUAUUCAUUCAAGGCCUGGCUGGAAUUGUUGACCAACAAGAUGUGGAAACAAUGAUCAGAGCCCAAAAGCAAAUGUUGCAGCGAUUUGAAAAAACCAAUGAAAUGCUAACAAAUUGCAACGCCCUCAGUGCUUCGAGACUUAAGACUGUUGCCCCUGAGUUCAAAAAACACAUCCACCUUCUGGUGGAGAUGAAGAAAGAUUUGGACUAUAUUUUCAAGAAGCUUCGUGCCAUUAAAAUGAAACUUUCAGCACAGUACCCUGAGGCCUUUUCUGAGGCGGCCAGGAGCAGUUUUGCAGAAGAAUGUGAAGAAGACACCAGCGAAAACAGCAAUAAAAACAAAGACAACAGAAGAAGCUUGCAUAUAAAAAAUGAAGCUUUGGAGGGUGGCAAUGCCGAUCAGAAUCGAAGGGCUUCUAAAUGAAAAAUAGUGCAAUGCAAAUUUUAGUGUUACCUAAACAUGAUUUUGUUUAGUUCAUUUUCAAAAACA